UCAGACAGGAGUUUGUGGUGGAGAGGGAGGGAGACUGUUCUGUACGGAGAGCAGAAACAGCUGCUAAAGAAAAAUGUCUUCAGUGCCUGACGGGAAGAAACUCGUCCGGAGCCCGAGCGGCCUUCGCAUCGUGCCGGAAAACGGCGCCUUCAACAGCCCGUUCUCCCUGGACGAGCCGCAGUGGGUCCCGGAUAAAGAGUGUCCGAGAUGUAUGCAGUGUGACACCAAGUUCGACUUCAUCAGAAGAAAGCAUCACUGCCGGCGGUGCGGGCGGUGUUUCUGUGAUAAAUGCUGCAGUAAGAAGGUGGUGCUGCCGCGGAUGUGCUUUGUGGAUCCGGUGCGUCAGUGUGCAGAGUGCAGCCUGGUCUCCCAGAAAGAGAUGGAGUUCUACGAAAAACAACUCAAAGUGCUUCUGGCAGGCGGUUCCUUCGUGGUCACUUUGGGAACGUCGGAGAAGUCUGAAACCAUGAUGUGUCGCCUUUCCAACAACCACAGGUAUCUGUUCCUGGAUGGGGAGAGCCACUUUGAGGUGGAGUUUUCUCGAAUCUCCAGCAUGCAGAUUCUGACGGACGGGUCGAGUCCAGGAGAGAACGACAUUCACACUUACACCAGUCUGCUGGACAGUCCCUUUAUCUCUGAAGGAAGCUCGUCGCGGGCCAGCGGCAUGCUGCUUCACUACAAACCGAUGGGCUCCCAGGAUGCUGAGCAGCUGCGCAUGGAGGCAGCAGACGACAAGAACGUGGCCUCGUUAUGGUUAGCUGCGAUGCACAAGGCGGCCAAACUCCUGUAUGAAGCUCGUGACCUGUGACCUGCAGACGGCCUUCUGAACUGACCCUCCAGGCAGCACACACCCAAGUGUUCGUACCCCCGUCUCUCUCUGGGGGGGUUUCGGUAGAGUUUUGCUUUUAUUAACGCCAGCUCUGAUUCUGCGUUUUCCGUCUGAUCUCUCGGCCUCUCGAUUACAUUUUUUUAUUACGGUAAUCUCAGCAAGAAACGUUUAUACAAAUGAGAAACACUUUAUUACCUCUUUAACCAGUACUUUGUACCUGUUUACUACGAUGAUGCUGAAGAUCUCAUUUUACAUUUUGUCAAAGUUUGUCUCUGAUUGAAUCAGGGCGUUUAAUGUUCCUGACAGCUGAGCAGCAGAAGACGCUUCACAACACCAGCAAGUGUCUGUUGCUUUUGCGAAGCUUCUUCCUUUAAAUUUAUUUUGCUUUCACUCUAAAUGUGACAUUUUACCUUCCACAUAACAUUUUUUUAUAACUUCAGAGAUGCCUUCAGAUAUAGAGGCUCGGUCAAUGACUUUAAAUGCUGCAGUUAGACGACGGUUUUAUCCACCAGAUGUGACACUUUAAGGAUCCCUGCAGGGAGGUUUUUUAAAAAAAAAAUCUUUCACUUCGCUGACUCUCCUUCCAGAGUGUUUUCACUUAACGGUUAAACCAGUUUGAACACAGAUCUUCCAGAUUAAACAUCGUCUUAUGCAGAGUAACGGACAGAUCCACCUUUAACCCUUUAAAGCAGAAAGAAAAGCAGCUGUAGGUCAUGUUCUUUGCAUUUCAGGGCCCAUUUUGUUAUCAAUCUAAGAGAGAAGAUAAGAAACUUCAUGUCGACUUGAUCUGUCUGUGUCACGUUUCCAGUGAUCGGCUUUCAAUUUUGACACACUUUAAUGGUUUUAUUUAAGUAUUUCUGAUGUUAUUUUCUGAUGUUAUUAUUCUUUACAGUCACAUCAAACAGCUGUUUGCUUCGAUGUGUUAAAAGGAAGAAUGUGCGACUGUUUGAAUCUACUAGAUGUCGCCUUUGAGCUCCAGCAUGAAACCAAAACAAACAGCUGUUUGGUGACACCUCCUCCAUACUGAACAUGUCAUUUUAAAACCAACGACCAAUAAAUACAAUUUAAAUACACCCAAGAGUUAAUUUCACACGUUAGAGAAACUAAUGAAACCUCACCUAACCAGGUACAUUCAGUUUUUAAAUAAUACCAGAGUGUGAGGAGUUCAAGUCAAAUCAAAGUGAGGACUUCUUUUUCUACAUUUGUUUAAACUUUCAACAAACGUAAAUCAUUAAAAUCAAUAGAAAAGAGCCACACAGAAAGCCCUUUAUUCCCUCACUGGAGCAGCAGGUGGCAGUGUUAAGCAGGGGUGAAAGGCAUCCUGGGAAAUGUAGGAGGCUCUAACUGAAGCCGAGGCAGAUUGAGGGAAUAUUCCUGAAAUGCAAAGAACAUCAGAUUUAUCAACAAUUUGUAAACAAAAUGUUUGUUGCUUCAAAGUAAAUGAGUUAAUAACAUGUUAGGUGACGUGUUUUGUUGAUUUUAAAACGUGUUAAAAUCUCUGCUUUAGUCUUUACAGAUGCUACCUUUAGGACUCGAUGUCUAAGUAAACAAACUAUUCACUGAUUCUAGUGAAGCGCGCGCACACACACACACACACACAAAUGCUUUAAAUGUACGUUCAUGUAUCCAAGUUUUUGUAUAAGCUAUUUUGUUAACUAUUCCUACUUUAACACAAGGCGUGUACGUACUCACAUAUGAUAGUUUUUGUAAUAUUUGUAAACGGUAAUUCCUCUAGUCCUUUCUCAAAGACCUGAACUGUCUGUUUUUCUUUUUUUUUUAAUUAUUAUUUUCAUAAUACUUAUUAAGACAGGAUGUGACCCAUCUUCCAUCUCCCAGAGGUUUUGAGUUUGAUGAUUCAGCAGGUUAUUAGUUGCACUUCCAAGGACCUAUCACUAACAUAGACUUAGUUCUGGCUGAGUCUGUGAAAGUGUUGCUUAACAAAUGUGAAAUAAAACUCCUUAUUAGCAUUUUUAUUCUGUCAAAAAGUUGUUUUUAAAAAAGUUAGCCCCAGUAUUUUGCCUCUUGUGAAAUAUCUUUACAAGACUGUUGAAACACUUACAACUCCUGUGAGGAACUUUCAGUUAGGGUUGAUUUCAGCGCCCCCCUGUGGGGAGGCGGUACCUCUAAUCUCUUUGCUGAUUUUGUCCUGUACGUGUCGUAUCUUUUGGUCUGACCCUGCGGCAGUAGGCAUUAAAGGUCACAUAUUCUCCUCCUCUUCAGUUUAAAUAAGUCUCAGAGCUCCCCAAAACAUGUGUGUGAAGUUUCUUGUUCUAAAUCCACUCUGAUCCUGUAUUUGAUCAUGUCUAUAAACCCCUCUAUUUCAGCCCUGCUCAGAACAGGCUGUUUCUGUGCCUGUUUCUUUAAAUAUGUAAAUGAGCUGUGUCUGACCACACCCCCUCUCUGGAAGGGCUUGGGUGUACUUGGUGCUUUCUCGCUCCAUGCCCUAUUGUUUACGGUGAGAAGGCGGACUCAGAGGGCAGAACAAACACCUAGCUGUGGGAGUGUCACCCACCUGGGGGAGGGGCUACUGCCCUUUGUGAUGUCAUGAAGGGAAAAUCUCCAAACGGCCUGUUUGAGCACAUAUUUUCUGAAAAGAGGAGUAGGCAGAAGACGGAGAGGAUGGACUUUUCUCAUGAUUGGGGAAUUUGUAGACGGACUAGUGACACAUGUUAGUGUUAGAAAAACAUGGUGAAGUGUAUUUUAGAGAAUAUGUGACCUUUUAAAAAUAAUUAUAUUGGUCUUGUUUGCUUUUCUAGUUAAUAUAGAGGCGUUGAUAUGAAUUUCAGUCUGUUCUAUAACGAGCUAAAAACUCCUCACAGGAGCUUUAAAUCUCAAGUCAAGUCAAAUUAUUAAUGAAUUUGUCGCUUAUACAAUAUACGCUACGUUCUUUAUUUAGCUGUGAUAACCAAGUAUAAAAGGCUUCUCAAUUAUUUGCGUUUUUUAACCUUUUUUUUGUUUUAUCGGUUACCUUGUUUUCUAAGCAUAAAGCUGGAACUUUAAAGUGAUUUAAUGGAGCACAGAAUAGGUCGACUUUAAGCCCUUUUACCUUCUUUGUCCUGACCUUUAUGUCGUAUCCCAUGAAAAACAAGUUUCACCGCCUCCAUCCCUACGUCUGUGACAGAAGUUUAUUUUUAUAUUCUCCUCACCCCUGAAGGAAAAUCCCACAAUGUGUCGUUAGGUUGUCGUUUUUCAGAGCCGAAACAGAAACAGUGGUCGUUUUCAGUGUCGUGCACAUUCACAAGGUCAUCCACUCAAACUGUUUUAAACACCAACAUCUCAGUUCUUCCAUGUGUUUGGUUGUGUUGUAAGUUUACACUUCCUGUGACACCACAAAGUCAUGAUUCAGCCAGUGUUUGAACCUGCACUUUAUGUCCACCCAGAUUCAGUCUUUUUCUUUUAUUAUUCCUCUGCUUCCUUUAUUACGCUGAACGUGCUGUACUACAUCCUUUUGUUGGAAUAUUCUGUUGAGAAUAAAAUCAAAUGUUUAUA